CUUAUUUUUUUAAACGGAGACGUCAUAUCCGGUGUGGACUACCACUGAACUUCGCAGUUUGACUUGCUAUGUCUGCUACAGAAAGAUGAAGUGAAAGAAAUACGGACCUUUAACUCUAAUGGGCAGUGGUAUAACUUGUGUAGCUUAACUGCCGUUGUCUACUAGUUAGAAUUAAAAAUGUUUUCUUUGUCAAUGACUGUCCAACCACAGGUGACUGUACCUCUAAGCCACCUCAUCAAUGUCCUCCACUCUAUGAAAAGCUCAGUGGGAAGCAGCAGUGCCACCUGCAAAUCAAAAAAACACAAGGAGAAUGCCUCAGACUCAGAACUACACCGCACAGAGCCCAUGUGGAACAUGCGGGAGCUUGGAUUAUCAGACCUGGGAGCACAGCAGCUGGAUGAGCUGGUGAACAGUGUGUUACCACGCUUGAGUCCGCGGGAGGCGCCACUUCCAUUGGGUGGACAGACAGCCUGGCACACCUCACAUCUUUCUACACACUCCUUUUUCUUCAAUAAGCAUGGCUUCUCAUGUGGUGCAAUGCCCAUGUCUUAUUCCAGACAGCACCUUUCACCUCUUCAGUCUGUCUGUACAGAGCUACAACACUGGCCAGUGUGGGUCCCGAGCAGAGGCUUUAAAACUUUAAAGAGCAAAACCAGACGACUGCAGUCGGCCCCCGACAGCCCCCUGGAAUCUGAAGGAUUUACACCAUCUUUUAUGAAAGGUUUCCUGACACGUGACAAGGGGGUUGAAGUUGAAAGUCUAGACAACCUGAUUAAGAUCAAGAACAUACCUGAUGGACAGCAGGAUUCUUACAAGAGGGGCUUUGCUGAGGGUUUCCUGAAAGCCCAAGCCCUGACGCAACGCACACAAGACUCUCUCCGGAGGACUCGUCUAAUCCUGCUGGCGCUGCUUCUGGUUGGACUCUAUGGUAUCUCCAAGACUCCCUUCAUAUCGGUACGGUUCCGAACCACAUCAGGCCUGGACUCUGCAGUGGACCCUGUGCAGAUGAAAAACGUGACAUUUGAGCAUGUCAAAGGGAUAGAAGAAGCUAAGAACGAGCUGCAGGAAGUUGUGGAGUUCCUGAAAAACCCAAAGAAGUUCACAGUAUUGGGAGGAAAGUUGCCAAAAGGGGUUUUACUGGUUGGCCCACCAGGAACCGGAAAGACUUUACUGGCCAGAGCUGUGGCAGGAGAGGCAGAUGUGCCAUUCUACUACGCCUCCGGGUCCGAAUUUGAUGAGAUGUUUGUUGGAGUGGGAGCCAGCCGCAUCAGGAACCUUUUCAAGGAGGCUAAAGCCAAUGCUCCCUGUGUGAUCUUCAUUGAUGAACUGGACAGUGUGGGUGGGAAAAGGAUCGAGUCUCCCAUGCACCCUUACUCCAGACAGACUAUUAACCAACUACUUGCUGAGAUGGAUGGGUUUAAACCUAACGAAGGUGUGAUCAUCAUUGGAGCAACCAACUUCCCGGAGGCUUUGGAUAAUGCCCUGAUCCGCCCAGGGCGUUUUGACAUGCAGGUGACUGUCCCCAAACCAGAUGUGAAAGGGCGCACAGAGAUCCUCAACUGGUAUCUGAAGAAGAUUAAAAUGGAUCCAGCUAUUGAGGCAAACAUUAUUGCCCGGGGCACAGUGGGCUUCUCUGGCGCUGACCUGGAAAAUCUGGUCAACCAGGCUGCCCUGAAGGCAGCAGUCGAUGGAAAAGACAUGGUCACCCUGAAAGAGCUGGAGUUUGCCAAAGACAAAAUCCUCAUGGGCCCUGAGAGAAGGAGUGCAGUAAUAGAUGAGAAGAACAAGAUCAUCACAGCAUACCAUGAAUCUGGCCAUGCAAUAGUAGCUUACUACACCAAAGAUGCCAUGUCUAUCAACAAGGCUACUAUCAUGCCCAGAGGCCCCAGUCUAGGACACGUAUCCAUGCUUCCAGAGAACGAUCGCUGGAGUGAGACUCGCUCUCAGCUGCUGGCCCAGAUGGACGUCAGUAUGGGCGGCCGUGUAGCAGAGGAGAUUAUAUUUGGCCAUGAGUACAUCACAACCGGUGCAUCAAGCGACUUUGAUAGUGCCACAAAAAUUGCUAAGAUGAUGGUGACCAGAUUUGGAAUGUGUGAAAAGUUGGGUGUGAUGACCUAUACUGACAUGACAGCCCAGAGCCCAGAGACACAAGCGGCGGUGGAGCAUGAAGUCAGGGUGUUACUAAAGGACUCUUAUGAGCGUGCCAAAGUCCUGCUAAAGACUCAUUCCAAAGAGCACAAAAACCUUGCAGAUGCUCUGCUCAUGUAUGAGACACUGGAUGCCAAAGAGAUAAAGCUAGUCCUGGAGGGCAAGACCCUGGAGGCCAGUUGAAACUAGCAGGUACUGCAACAUUUGGGGGUUAGCAAUGGGGGGAGGGGGCAGAUUCUAAGAGCUCAGGGGUCAUUAAAGGAGGGAUGGACUCCGUCCAUGUCAGUGAAUCAGAGAAGUAUGAAGUGAUGGCCUGCGCUCACAAAGACUCUUGACAAGCACUCAGAUGGGACUAUGUCAUAUCUUUACUCUGUACCCUUUGUGUCUCAUCAAUAUUCCCAGAUAAGUAGUAACUUUCCUUAAAAGUGCUGCUUGCCUCUAUGUGGCACAAGCUCACUGUAUGCGACAAAGGUUAACAGGUUAUUUGCCUAAUGUAAAGGAUGUUACUCAGGUCAUCUGUUGAUGCGAGGAAAUGAUACAUGAAUGUAAUUAUGUACCUCAAACGUAGAAAGCAUACUGGUAGGAUUCCCUUUUUAAUGUUAGUUGUUGGAAACUGAGUUGAAAUGUGGUCAAAUUCUGUAAUUAUUACUAGACUUUAAAUCAAUCUCAACUCCUAUUUGUCAAUUGUCUUCCAGGGUCCUUAUCUGGUAUUUGUCUUGUAUAUCUUCAAGGUCAGGCUACACUCUCGACUUCUAUUUGUGGGCCUCUCAAUUCGGCACCAAAAAAUGUCGCAAUCGGGUGCUGCACUUUGUCUUUUCACCUGAUUCUUUGUAUCUUGGAUGAUUGGAAGAUCCUGUAUAUACAUUCUCCUGACCCCCUCUGCAUAUGUCCCUGUUACUAUUUUUAAAGGUGGCCUUCUUGGGAAUGCACUAUAGGUGUAUUUUUGUUUUCCUUUUGAAAGGAUGGAGUGUGGGAAUUUAAACUGUAAUGUCUCAGCACUUGUAUGUGUAUUGAUUGAAAAUGCACUUGUGCUCACUUCAUUUAUUUAAUUUAUUCUGUGUGUACAGACAACUGCUGCUUAACCUCAAAAAGCAUGCAACAAGUACAAGCUGUGUUAUGUAGCUAUAGUAGUAGUCUUGAGUUCAGCUUCCAAAAAGCUGUAGUCAAAAUAUCAGGGUUUCUUGUAAACGCAAAUGAGUUGAAAUGCAAAAGACUCCAUCUUUAGAUUAAUCUGACAAACAAGACAGGUUAUUGUCCAUUGGCGUCUCCUUUGUCGUUACAUUAAAGCAGAAUCAUUUUGUCAUAUUUAGUGCUCUAUAUCUUUCUGUUUGAACACAUUUUGCACAUUGCAGUGGAAGACAGAUUCCAAUGUUCAGUGCUUACUGGCACAGCUCUGUGUGUAAAGAAAGUUUGAGCUGGAACAAGUCUAAUUUUAAAGUGAUGUCCUUGACUACAGGACAUUUCUUCAACACAGAUUGUGGGUAGAAACUUGCAGUUGUGCCUGUGUUAAAAUGUUUAACGUCCCAAUUUGUGGAUUGUUACAGCAGCAGCAGUGUAUGUAAUCCGUAUUUUAGCUUUUUGAGCAUUUCAUUUCCACUGUAGCUCGUAUCAAUCACCACCAGCAGGUGCAUUUUUAGCGUGACCCUUUUCAGUUAGUUUUCUUGGCUUAAAUUUGAGACACUAUCUAGCUGUGUGUAUAUAGGAUUGGGUUGUAACAUUGUAUAUAGAUGUAAUGCUUUUAGCCUGGAACAUUGAAUGGCUGUCUGCUGUUGAUUUACAAAUCGCUUGUACAAUGUGAUCACAAUGGUUAAUGAAUGUUACUGCAGCUGAGAUCAAUAAAAUGAAGCCUAAAUAAAA